AUGGCCUCCGAUGCCCCUGGCUCGCGGGUCGAGCUAUACGACUCCGCCUUGACUGUCCCCUCUGAUUCGGAAAACUACUCGGCAAACAACGAGUCACCGUCUUCGCCUCCUUCGACCUCCAGCUCUCCCAUGAUUCUCUACAAGCCCCCGACUGUAUGGGGUCUCAUCCGAGGAGCAGCUAUCAACCUCCUGCUCCCAUUCGUGAACGGUCUCAUGCUGGGCUUCGGCGAGCUCUUCGCCCAUGAGGCGGCCUUCCGCCUGGGGUGGUCAAACACGAAGAUCUUCCCAAUGUACCGCCGAACGCACCCCGUGGGCCCUGGAGUCGAGAUUCGGGAGCUUCCUUCGGAGCGGAGGCGGGUCACCUCUGCUGCUGGCUUGAAUGACACCGCAGCCUUGGAAUAA